GGAAAUCUAGCACACUAUGGAGUACUUACUCAAUGCUAAAAGCAACGAUUAAGAUGAAAAAAGAUAUUAAUAUCGAAACAUAUACUAAGUUACUGGCAUUUUUAAAAAGAGCCUCAUCUGGUCAUCAACCAAAAAAAUCGAAAGUUUUCACAGCAUCCGAAAUAGAAAAGUUUGUUAACAAUGCACCAGAUUCCAUGUAUUUGGCGGCAAAAGUUGUUCUUAUUAUUGGCAUAAACGGAGCAUGUAGAACAAAUGAACUAACACUGCUUAAUGUCACAAAUAUUGAGAAACAUUCGGAUGAAUUGUUAUUGAUACACUUAACGAAUACAAAGACCAAAAGAGACCGCAACUUCGUCAUUCGCAAGGAGUGCGCAGCGAUUGUAGAGAAAUACAAAGCUUUACGCCCUCUUAACACUCCAACCAAUCGAUUUUUUCUACAAUAUCGCAACGGAAAGUGUGUUCGACAGCCUAUGGGUUCUAAUAAAAUUGGCAGUAUCCCACGAGAAAUAGCGACAUUUCUCGAACUCCCAGAACCUCAACUGUACACGGGUCAUUGUUUCCGACGAACUUCAGCCACACUUUUGGCCGAUUCAGGAGCUGAUCUUCUGUCUCUUAAGCGUCAUGGAGGCUGGAAGUCUAAUGCGGUAGUAGAAGGAUAUAUAGAGGAUUCUAUCGAAAAUAAGUCUAAAAUAUGUAAAGGCAUCGUGGGAGCCAUUACACUGAACAAGCCUUUGUCAGAUCCUUGGACUGGCCCUUCCACAUCAACAAUGAGCCGGUACGAAACAUCUAGCCUUCGCCCUCUCUCGCCAACAUUUACGCCAAAGGAAUCUAAUGAAUCUGUAGAAAUAUUAAGUGAUACAGAUAACUUACCAAAAAACAAUAAUAAUAAUACACAAGUCUCUACCACCAACAUUACAGUACCGAACAAAAACAAAAAUAUUACACUCCACAUAACUAACUGUAACAACGUUACAUUCAAUUUUUCUUAAUUUCUAAUCAUCAUUUGUUAAGAUUAAUAAAUUAGCCUGUAGUAUAAUGUAGUAGUUAAUACCCAAACUAAAAUUAAAUUAUAUUGAUUGCAAA